UCAGUGGGUGGGGAAAAGGAAAAACCUCUGCUAGCUAGCUAGUACCACCUUUAUUAUCCAAUAUUGAGGUUUGGGAAUGGCUUCCAAGGCUUCUGCAUCCAUUGCUCUCUUCCUUUCACUCAACCUUCUCUUCUUUGUUCUUGUGUCUUCAUGUGGGACCUGUCCAAGCCCUAAGCCAAAGCCAAAGCCAAAACCAAAACCAAAUCCUAAUCCAACUCCAACUCCAACCCCUGGUACCAAGGGUACCUGUCCUAGGGAUACUCUGAAAUUUGGGGUUUGUGUAAAUUUGCUUGGAGGCCUUGUCGGCGCUGUCGUCGGAACCCCUGCAAACACCCCAUGCUGCACCCUCAUUCAGGGCCUUGCUGACCUUGAGGCUGCAAUUUGUCUAUGCACUGCCAUCACAGCUAAUGUAUUGGGUCUUAACCUCAAUAUCCCAAUUUCACUCAGUUUGCUUCUCAACACCUGCGGAAAGAAACUUCCCACUGGAUUCCAAUGUUCCUAAACAACUUCCUCUUUUCU